AUGACCCGCGCCAAACCCUUCUUAUCCAUCGACUACAAAACUCACUCCUCUCUCUCCAUUGCAACAAACCUCCUCUUACGCUGCGAACACUUCUUCCGCUCUCUCGCCUUCCUGGAGCACUCCAGCGUCGAAGACCCUGCCCAAACCCUGCGCCAAAUCCAUUCCUUAUGUCGUGAUUUCCACGAGACAUUAUACAUAAUCGACCAAACUCUCUACCGGCAUCGGAUGCAAUACAGAACCAGCCGCCGUGGCCGUCAUGCCGGCGCAGAUGAGGGUGGAGAAGAGGAUGAUGAUGAGGGAUACCGCGUGCUCUCUGAGAUAAACGAGCAAUUGACGGAUUAUGCAUUCUUGGUGGGGGAGAGGAUUCAUCCAUUGGAUGCUGCGGAGGAUUGCAUCGAGCCCGGGACAACUUCUUUUUCUUCUUCUUCGUCUUCGACAACGGCGCCAAGAAAGACGCCGUUUCUUCCUGCGAAGUGGAAGAAUCGUGAACUGCGCGGAAUGAAGAUGCCGCUUGCUGGAUUUCGGGUUGAGGGGGAUUGA